CUGAAGUAGUAGCCAUAUAAAACCAUUUUCAAUACUCUCUUUUCACUUUCCACAGCGAUACACGACAUACUUGAGACACAUGAAUUCAGUCAGUCAAUCGCCCCUUCUACCUCAUCCCAGAUGUCGACGCCCGAAGCUCCCUCAAGUUUCCUUCACCAAGAAACCUUUAACAUCGUAGUCCAAACGACAACCAAUGACGACCUUGAACAAUCGCAUUCCACGAAGGACAAGUGUACAGAAUCCAGCGGUGAAUGUCCUCCACCAUCAGAUAUAGUCAGGGACACUACUAUCAACCUCCAUGAGUCCUCCGCGGGACCUUCAGUUAUGGUGUUUCAACCGCCACAAUCCUUUCAGGCAGACAACCUUCAAGAACCUCAAGAACUCUUUCAAGACGUCCUGGAUUCACAACCACCGCAGGAUUUACUCUUGAGUGAUCUUGAACCUCGGACUCAAGAACUUCUGCUUCACGACAUGCAACCCUCACACGGCCACACCUUCCCAACGCAGCCUCAGGACCAGGCGCAAGGUUUCAUGAGCACUGGCCGAGAGAAGGACGACCUUGGGAAUACCCUCAGCUUCCCAAUCGUCGAAAGUUUCUUUGCGCCACUCUCACAGGACCUGGUGGCCAUUGGAGAGAGUCCUGCAGAGUGUGACGCCACUGUCCCAAGUCACCUUUCAGCCUCGUUGGAAUAUUCAGACGUGAGCUAUGAGGAGGCUGAAGCUCCAACUGUGGUGACGUCAACCGCUCCCAAAGUAACACAGAGGUUCAGGGAGAAGAGGAAAAGUAAGAGCGUCUACAAGCACGUACCCCACCGAGAAAAGCCUCAGCAUUUGGUGGCUCGACGCAAUGCGAGGGAGAGGCGGCGAGUCCAGUCCGUCAAUGUGGCGUUCUCCAGACUGCGCCGAGUCGUCCCGGGAACCAGCGGGCGUAGCAAGAGGGUAAGUAAGGUCAAGACGCUACAAGGAGCCAUGGACUACAUCUCCCACCUACAGGCCCUGCUGCAAGAGCCUCCUGAUCUCUGCGACAACAACUUCCCCGCCAUGUGCACGCCAGUUCCCUACAGCGUCUAUGCUCCAUCCGUCAGAAUCCAAAUGUUUCGAGACGCUGCUAGUUCCUUGCGUGACGCCACCAAUGUCUGUGAGAGCAAAGAGGAGAUGACCACAAUCCACCGACAGUCACAGGUCUCCGCUAAUUCUUACGGGGACACGAGCUGAAGUUGAA